GCAGGAAAGUCAAAGACUUCAUUUAGGCUUGGAGAACCAGUUGAAAACGGCUCCAUGUUGCAACUGUAAGUGCAUCACAAUCUCCUAUUUUAUGCUUCACAAAAGCGCUGGUGCAAGUAAAGCAAAAUGGAAACUCUCCUUCCUCUUCCUUUACUACUAUUUUCUUCAUUCUCUGCGCUCUUCUUGUACAUUUCGGUGAAAGCCUACUACUCCCUAUGGUGGAAGCCCAAGAGGCUAGAGAAGCAUCUAAGGCAACAAGGCAUCAAAGGCAAUCCCUACAAGGUUCUCUAUGGGGAUACGAAAGAGGAGCUCGAAAGAUUCAAGGAAGCCUGGUCACGCCCCAUGGACGAACUCAAUCAUCAAAUUCUUCCACGAGUCGUACCAUUCACUCAUCAGAUGGUGCAAAAAUACGGCAAGAUGUGCAACAUUUGGGUAGGACCAACUCCGUGGGUACUCAUAUGGGAUACAGAGAUGGUGAAAGAGGUAUUUUCAGACAAAUCCGGUUGUAUCAAGAAACCACCAGCGAAUCCUCUGAUAAAGAUUCUGGCUCAAGGCGUGGACAGCCUUGAAGGCGAGGAAUGGGCUAAGAGGAGGAAAACAAUUACCCUAGCCUUCCAUCUCGAGAAACUAAAGAGAAUGGUGCCAGCUUUUGUGACUAGUUGCACUAGUUUGAUAAAGAGAUGGGAUGAUUUGGUAAGUGCUCAAGGAUCUUCUGAAGUGGACGUGUGGCCUGAGUUUCAGAUUCUCACAAAGGAUGCCAUUUCUCGAACUGCCUUUGGAAGCACCUACGAAGAAGGGAAGAGGCUUUUCCAACUACAGAAGGAACAGGCUGAACUAGCCAUGCAAGCUGCUCAGGUCCCUUAUGUUCCAGGAUACAGAUUCAUCCCUACAGCGACGAACAGGAGAAGAAUGUGGAUAGACAAAGAGAUCAAGACCAUGUUACGACGGAUGAUAGAUGAGAAGCUGAAAUCAGUGGAGACUGAAGGAUCUGACAGCAAUGAUUUACUAGGAUUACUUCUGCGGUUCACAAGCGGUAAUGAUAAGAAGCACGCGAUAAGGAUUGAGGAUGUGAUCGAAGAAUGCAAGCUAUUCUAUUUUGCAGGUCAAGAAACAACAUCCACGUUGCUUACCUGGACACUGCUUCUUCUGUCAAUGCAUCCAGUCUGGCAGCAGAGAGCUCGAGAAGAAGUUCAGAGAACAUGCGGAAAGAAUACGCCAGAUAUGGAAUCACUAAACCAACUUAAAGCUGUUUCCAUGAUACUUCAUGAAGUUUUGAGGUUAUAUCCACCUGUUACUUUUCUAUUACGCCAAACCUACAAGAAAACAAAGCUAGGAGAGUUUUACUUCCCUCCUGGUGUAGUUCUCGCGCUCCCUAUAAUACUCAUCCACCAUGAUACGGAAAUAUGGGGUGAUGAUGCAGAGGAAUUUAACCCGGAAAGGUUUUCGCAAGGGAUCUCAAAGGCAUGUCAAGGCGGUCAAAAUGCAUUCUAUCCCUUUGGAUGGGGGCCGAUAUCAUGUUUAGGGCAGAGUUUUGCCAUGAUUGAAGCAAAGAUGGCUCUAGCUACUAUUCUACAGCACUUCUCUUUUGAGCUCUCGCCCUCCUAUGCUCAUGCACCAUAUAAUGCAGUAACUCUUCAGCCACAACAUGGAGCUCACAUCAUCCUGCAUCGACUGUAG